AUGGCAACGUACCAGAUUCCAGCACCAGAACCAAUGAAUUGCAAUGGCGAUGUCGCAAACAACUGGAAGAGUUUUCAUGAAGCAUAUGAAGAUUAUUUAAUAGCAACAGGCUUAGAUCAGAAAGACAAGAAAGUUCAAGUGGCCACGUUGAAAAGUCUAAUGGGAACUGAGUGCAAGAAAAUACUUAAAAGACUUCAAUUAUCAGAGGCCGAUAUGAAAGAUCCAGCUAUUAUUCUUGCAAAGCUGCAAGACCGUACCAGUACGAAAUAUUCUGUAUGAGAGAUAUAUUUUCCAUAACACUGAACAGCAAGUACAUGAAACUAUUGACCAGUUUCUUAUAAAGCUCAGGCAAUUAGCUGAGCCAUGUAACUUUGGAACACUAGAAGAUGAGAUGGUGAGAGACCGUCUGGUUCUUGGCUGUCGGGACAGUGCGGCCAGGACCAGGCUUUUCCGCGAGAAAGAUUGCACUCUCAAGAAAGCUAUAGAGUCCCUUCGUAUAAGUGAGACCACAAGUGAACAAUUGAAGAAAAUAGAGAGAGAAGACAAUCAAGAGCCUGUCAAUUAUGCUCAGAGACAAGAUGCAAAGAAACAGAAUGUUUCAAAAUCAGUAGAUCGACAAAGAAAAGAGAGCGGGAACCAACUUAAACAAGGUGGCAAAUGCAAGUAUUGUGGUGGAGCUCAUGAACGGGACAAACAUAAGUGUCCAGCCUUUGGCAAGUCGUGCCGAAAGUGUGGAAAGGCAAAUCAUUUCCAAUCAGUUUGCAUGCAGAAGCAAGGAGUUAACCUUAUGAAUGAAGAAUCAUCAGAUGACGAGUAUGCCUUUUAUGUCGAAACUGUUGACGCAAUAAGACAUGUAGAAAGAAAGCGUUAUUUUGUAUCCCUUUCUUUUUGGGAUAAGGACGGUGGUGAAAGUCAAAUCCAAUGCCAGCUUGACACAGGAGCCACCUGUAAUGUCAUGUCCUUCAAUACCUUAUGUGAAAUCAAGCAGAGUGGAAGCCCAACCAUGCAGCCAACUAACACCAAAUUAAAAUUAUACAAUGGGAGUUGUGUACCAGCCCUCGGAGAGUGUGACCUCAAUUGCAUCUACAAUGGAGAAAGUCGCAGGCUUAACUUCAAGAUUAUCAAGGGCGAGCAGAAGCCAUUGCUGUCUGGAGAGACAUGUACAAGCAUGGGACUUAUCACUGUGCAUAUAGCUAAUAGCAUAAAUACCUCUCCGAUAACAGCUCCAUCAGAUAUUUUCAUGGAAUAUAAAGAUGUGUUUGAGGGACUUGGCUGCUUGCCUGGUGAGUACCACCUAGAGAUAGAUCCUGAUGCUCAACCU